CUCUCCUCUCCCUCCCUCCCGGGAAGAUGACUUCUCACGGCCACGGCAGCUUCGACCUGUCCCGCAGGAACCCGCAGGAGGAUUUCGAGCUGAUCCAGCGGAUAGGAAGCGGCACGUACGGCGAUGUGUACAAGGCUCGAAAUGUCAACACUGGUGAGCUGGCAGCUAUUAAAGUCAUUAAGCUGGAACCUGGUGAAGACUUUGCAGUUGUACAGCAGGAGAUUAUUAUGAUGAAAGACUGUAAGCACUCAAACAUCGUUGCAUAUUUUGGCAGUUAUCUCAGACGUGACAAAUUAUGGAUUUGUAUGGAAUUUUGUGGAGGUGGGUCAUUGCAAGAUAUUUAUCAUGUGACUGGACCUUUAUCAGAACUGCAGAUAGCAUAUGUAUGCCGAGAGACACUACAAGGUUUAUAUUAUCUUCACAGCAAAGGAAAGAUGCAUAGAGACAUAAAGGGAGCAAAUAUUCUUCUAACAGAUAAUGGCCAUGUAAAACUAGCUGACUUUGGAGUUUCUGCACAGAUUACUGCUACCAUCGCAAAAAGAAAAUCGUUUAUUGGUACUCCAUAUUGGAUGGCCCCAGAGGUUGCAGCUGUGGAGAGGAAAGGUGGAUAUAAUCAACUGUGUGACAUUUGGGCAGUUGGUAUAACUGGCAUAGAGUUAGCCGAACUUCAGCCUCCAAUGUUUGACUUGCAUCCAAUGAGGGCUUUGUUUUUGAUGACAAAAAGCAAUUUUCAGCCACCAAAGCUGAAGGACAAGAUAAAAUGGUCAACUAAUUUUCAUCACUUUGUAAAACUGGCACUUACGAAAAAUCCCAAAAAGAGACCUACUGCUGAGAAGUUAUUACAGCAUCAAUUUGUGGCACAGCCAUUGAAUCGUGCACUUGCCAUUGAAUUACUUGAUAAAGUGAACAACCCAGAUCAUUCCAGUUUUCAUGAUUUUGACGAUGAUGAUCCCGAGCUUAAAUUUCUGGGGAUCUUUUCUCCUGCUUCUCCUCUUGCACGUCGAGCCCUACGUUUUGCUGCUCAUCCUAAGCCUCCAAUAUCUGUUCCUCAACGAAUUCAAUCUACCAGCAGGAAUGUCAGGGAAGAAAGGACAAGGUCAGAGAUUAAUUUUGGGCAAAUAAAAUUUGAUCCACCAAUGAGGAAAGAAACUGAGCCACAUCAUGAACUUCCCUUCAGUGAUGAUUUUUUGGACCUUUCAGAAGAGAUAUACUACACAGCAAGAUCUAAUCUGGAUCUACAGCUAGAAUAUGGCCAUGGACACCAGAGCAGUUAUUUAUUAGGCGGAAAUAAGAGCCUUCUAAAAUCAGUCGAAGAAGAACUGCAUCAGCGGGGACACGUGGCACAUUUAGAUGAUGAUGAUGGUGAUGAUGAUGAAUCUGAACACUCCACGUUAAAACCCAGAAUUCCACCGCCUCUUCCUCCCAAGCCAAAGUCAAUCUACAUACCACAAGAAACCUAUUGCCCUGAAGAAGAAAAUCAAGGAACGAUCAAGAGAUGUCCAUCUGACAACCCCGGACGGCCCACCUCACAAGUUCCACCAAGACCUCCCCCUCCCCGGUUACCCCCUAACAGCAGUUACGUCAAGAGCAGUGCUGUAGGUAAUGACAGUGAGAGCUCCAGUGACACUGAAGAGUGUGCAGAAACCUUUAAACAGUUCAAGAAGUGGCUGGAAGACUCGCGUGACAGGGCAAAUGAGAGCAAUGGAGUGAAUUCUGCACAGGUAAAUGGUGAAAAAGACAGUACCCAGUCUCAGCAACAGCACGAAAACAAAAGUAGUAAUCCUCCUGGGGUUCCACCAAGGAAAGAUAGAAAGGACAUUCCCAAACCCAUGAGCAAUGGUCUUCCUCCAACACCAAAAGUGCAUAUGGGUGCUUGUUUCUCUAAGGUUUUCAACGGUUGUCCUUUAAAAAUUAAUUGUGCCGCAACAUGGAUUAAUCCAGACACAAGAGAUCAGUAUCUCAUAUUUGGUGCCGAAGAAGGUAUUUAUACUCUGAACCUUAAUGAAUUACACGAAACGUCAAUGGAGCAGCUCAUCCCAAGAAGAUGCUCGUGGUUGUAUGUAAUGAACAAUGCAUUACUGUCAAUAUCUGGAAAAGCUUCCCAACUAUAUUCUCAUAAUUUGUUGGGCCUUUUUGAGUACGCUAGACAAAUGCAAAAAUUGCCUGUCGCUAUUCCUGCACACAAGCUUCCAGACCGAAUACUACCUAGAAAAUUUGCAGUAUCCACCAAAAUUCCAGAUACAAAAGGCUGCCAAAAAUGUUGUGUUGUAAGGAAUCCUUACACCGGACACAAAUACCUAUGUGGUGCUUUGCAGUCCAGCAUCGUGUUGUUAGAAUGGGUUGAACAAAUGCAGAAGUUUAUGUUGAUCAAACACAUUGACUUUCCUCUGCCAAAUCCAUUGAAAGUCUUUGAAAUGCUGGUGGUUCCAGAACAGGAGUACCCACUUUUAUGUGUUGCUGUCAGUAAAGGAACAGAAUUUAAUCAGGUGGUACGGUUUGAGACUGUAAACCCAAAUUCUACUUCAUCUUGGUUUACUGAAACAGAUAUUCCACAGGCAAAUGUCAUCCAUGUGACCCAGCUUGAGAGAGACACAAUACUCGUCUGUAUGGAUCGAUGUUUAAAAAUAGUAAAUCUUCAAGGGCGAUUGAAAUCGAGCAGAAAAUUGUCAUCAGAGCUAACAUUCAGUUUUCAAAUUGAAUCAAUAGUUUGUUUACAAGACAGUGUGCUUGCUUUCUGGAAACAUGGAAUGCAGGGAAGAAGUUUUAAGUCCAAUGAGAUUACGCAAGAAAUUUGCGAUAAUUCAAGAAUCUUCAGACUUUUAGGCUCUGACAGGGUGGUGGUACUGGAGAGUAGGCCAACAGACAACCCUACAGCCAACAGCAACUUGUACAUCCUGGCAGGCCAUGAAAAUAGCUACUAAUUGCUAUCAAAGGUUGCAUGAAAGUGACCAUAGACUGCAUAAUUAGCAAAUACACUACUGCUUUCUUCUGGUUUGAAGAAUGUUUGAGAUUGUUCAGAAGCCACAGUACAGUCCAUAUGUUUAUUGUGGCAUGAAACACAUGUGGAUGACAUUUUAAGUGCCACAUCCGCUUAAUUUCAAAAUGCUACACAAGUGCUUGGUUUACCAUAUGUAAUCUGUACAUAAAUGUGCAGUAUUUUUUGAGUGCAUACUUAUUGUUGAAGUCACACUACUAUUCUAAUGUAGAUAGAAAUGCAUACGAUGUACAGGUAGGUAUAUUUACUGUACAGUUGUGUAAAGGUUUGCAUGAUGCAAAACUUAAUUUGGGUACUGCAUCUAAGAAAUUAUUUGGGCUUAUUUUAUUCAGUUGAGAUUAGUAUAUAUUUUGCAGCAAGAAAUAAGCAGUAUGCCCACAUAUUCGUAUGACUAACACUGUUGUAUCUUAAUGUGUAAUUUAGUAAUGCAGAUAUAAAUUAGAAUAACCUUGAUCGGUUGUAAUCUAAGCCUUCAUUUGUAUACUUGGUGGUUUUUAACAGUUUGUUGCAAAUACACUGGUAUUAAGUUUGCACAAUAACACUGAUAAAUGUGAUGUAUUUUACUCACGUGGAUAAGUGGUGAACAUUAGGAUUUAACUGUCCUGUUUUCAAACAUAGCAGAAAACUGCUGCAUUUUAGUAGCUGUUGUCUUUUAUAUGCGAUGUUUUAAACAAGAAAUUUGGGUUGGACACAAUUUUAUCAUUCAGGAUUUUAUUUGCUAUAAGAUAAAUAACAGAAGCCUUUUGCUGCUGUCAUUAAAUCAUACUACCCGUGUUAGUAAAACUCCAAAAAUAAAUACAAUUGUUUUUUGUAUAUGGAGAAUGAAAGCACUGUAAAAAGCUUAAACUAUGGUAUCAAGAUGCAUUUCAACAUUUCAAGAUGUCUGUGUAUACACAAUUUUUGAUAUAACACAAUGUUAUAUCACUCACUAGCACAUUUUAAGAUGUACUUUUGUAACCAUAGUAAAAAUUACUUUUUUUUAAUGGGGGGAGGGGGGUUGUUUGAAACAUCCAUUUUGAUUAUCAUUGAAAUAUUUCUAUGUAAGCCUCAUUAUGCCAAAUUUGCAUACCUAUUUAAACAUUUCUCCUUAAACUGUUGUAUGCUUCUUUACACAAAGUUAGUUAAGUGUUUCUACCUCAUGUAGAUACUAUUUUUGUGGGAAACACUCAGCACAAGAGCAUUAUUGGUAUUUGAUUUUUGUUUCUUUUGCUGCCUCAGUCAAAUUGCAGUACCUAAUAUUUGUAUAAAGUAUAAACAUAAUUGCACAUAUGGGCUUGUUACUUUUAUACAUUUUCCAUGUUUUCAUUUGUUUGUGGUCAUUGGGAACAAAAUAUUUUGAUUUGUGUUGAUUAGCCAAAAUAAUGAUAUGAUGAUCCUUUCAAAUGUCUUUUGUUUUGUAUAUACUGUAAAAUAAAUUUGAAAGGUUACUUUUUUUAGUUAAUAUGCUGGUCUGAAAUAAUUGUGCAUUAACUUCAUUGCUACUAAUGAUACUUGUAUUUUCCCCUAAAACUUUGUCUUCAACUCUAUAGGAAAGAAGUGGACCACUAAAACCAAAUGGUCUCACCUUUUCUGUGCCACCUGUUUUAACCAUUGGCCAAAAAAAGAAAUACAGUUCUGAACCUUCUUAAAAAUAUUAUUUCUUAAAAAUCUUUUUAAAAGAUC